AUGCCACAAUGCAACAGUCUGAUUUUAAUGAAAUUCGACACGUGUCCCCUUGUUGAUGGAUAUUUAGGACCAUUCGAGGGAUAUAUAGACUGGAAUACUGAAGAUAUGUCCAAUAACGAUCAAGGCACCCAGGCAUACCCAGAUGGAUUUUCAGAGUAUAGAAGCGGGAUAAAGCUGGAGUUUUGUUCAUACACAUCGUCAUAUGCUUGUUAG